GAGGGGUGGUGCGACCCUCUGUCCCCGCCCCGGGGGCGGAGCCGAGGUCGGAGCCUGCGGAGCCUGAGACUAGGCGAAAUCGGCCCGAGGCUCCCUGCCCCGCUCCAGCCUCCCCCUACCCCGCCCCAGACUCGGGGAGACCCGACCCCCCCUUCCCCUGUCCACCACCUGCAAGACCCAGCCUCCCGGGUCCCCGGCUCGGCCCACGGGCCCCGGAGCAGGUGCAGGUGCGGCUUCCCCAUCUCUCUCCCACCCGGGCGCAUCCCGCUGGGCGGCCAUGGCGCGAGGAGACGCCCCGCAGGACAGUACUUCCAGGGGCGUCUGGCGGGGGCCAACGGCACCACCGAGACCCUGGGCACCAACCACACGAGCCCUGCAGAUCCCUUCAACUUCAACAACUGGGUGACACUGCUGUCCCAGCUGCCUCUGCUGCUCUUCACGCUCCUCAACUCCUUCCUGUACCAGUGCAUCCCUGAGACGGUGCGGAUUCUGGGCAGCCUGCUGGUCAUCCUGCUGCUCUUUGCCCUGACGGCGGUGUUGGUCCAGGUGGACAUGAGCCCCGAGCCCUUCUUCUCCAUCACCAUGGCCUCUGUCUGGUUCAUCAACUCCUUCUGUGCAGUUCUGCAGGGCAGCCUCUUCGGGCAACUGGGCACCAUGCCUUCCAUGUACAGCACCCUCUUCCUCAGCGGCCAGGGCCUGGCUGGGAUCUUCGCUGCUCUUGCCAUGCUCAUGUCCAUGGCCAGUGGCGUGGAUGCCCAGACCUCCGCCCUGGGGUACUUCAUCACGCCCUGCGUGGGCAUCCUCAUGUCCAUCGUGUGUUACCUGAGCCUGCCCCACCUGAAGUUUGCCCGCUACUACCUGGCCAAGAAACCAUCAAAGGCACAAGGUCAAGAGCUGGAGACCAAAGCUGAGCUCCUCAAGUCUGAUGAGAAGAACGGGAUUCCCAACAGCCCCCAAAAGGCAGCCCUGACUCUGGAUCUUGACCCUGAGAAGGAGACAGAGAUGGAGCCAGAGGAACCCCAGAAGCCAGGAAAACCUCCAGUUUUCAUUGUCUUCCAGAAGAUCUGGCUGACGGCGCUGUGCCUUGCGCUGGUCUUCACAGUCACCCUGUCCGUCUUCCCAGCCAUCACAGCCAUGGUGACCAGCUCCACCAGCCCUGGGAAGUGGAGUCACUUCUUCAGCCCCAUCUGCUGCUUCCUCCUCUUCAACGUCAUGGACUGUCUGGGACGGAGCCUGACCUCUUACUUCCUGUGGCCGCACAAAGACAGCCGGCUGCUGCCCCUGCUGGUCUGCCUGCGGGCCCCGUUUGUGCCGCUCUUCAUGCUGUGCCACGUGCCCGAGAGGUCCCGGCUGCCCAUCCUCUUCCCGCAGGACGCCUACUUCAUCACUUUCAUGCUGCUUUUUGCUGUUUCAAAUGGUUACCUGGUGUCCCUCACCAUGUGCCUGGCGCCCAGGCAGGUGCUGCCACAUGAGAGGGAGGUGGCCGGCACCCUCAUGACCUUCUUCCUGGCUCUGGGGCUCUCCUGUGGAGCCUCCCUCUCCUUCCUCUUCAAGGCACUGCUCUGAAGUGCUCCGUCCAGGGCUCUCCCAGCAUCUUCUCUUCGGAGCUGAGACCCAGCACAGGGAGAAUGGUGGGCCAGGCUCAAGCCUCUGCUGGGCUGGGGCCCCGCGGUCUGGGGGUGCCAGGAAGAGGCAGGUGCUGCUCUCCUUCCCGGGCUGGUGGCCACCUGGGGUGCUGCAAGGAAGAAUUCACCACCUGCCAUUCUAAGCCUCCCCAGGAGUGGAGGUGACGCACAGGCUAUCUAGACGCACACAGACCUCGCUGAAAGGGUGAUGAUCAUGAAAAAGAGGGCCGAGGACAACGGCCCUUCCUCACCAUCAGGAGUGCAUUUGUUAAUCAUGAGAAACUCACUGGCCAAGUGCCGGGGCUCAGAGGCCACAGGUGGGACCUUGCCAACUGUGUGGCUGGUGUGGCCGCAGCUUCAGAUUCAGAGUGGGAGUGGGGGCCAGCCCUGGGCAGGAGCUCCUCUUCUCUCCAGGCCUCAGCGACCCCAUGGUCAAGUCUCUUGGACUCCAGAACAGAGGAUUCCAGGGAAGUUGAAGGGACAGGGAGAAGGCGUUCAGGAUCUGAGGGUGCUCGAAGGACCCUCUGGGCCUCGGACAGCGUUUUCGUCGCCAGCAUUUACUGUGUCCACUCCCCAGAGCCCAGCUGGGCCUGGGUCCCAGAACCGCAGUUAGCCUGCAUGUGUGCACUGCACUUUACGGUUUGCAAAGCUCUUCUGCGCCCGCUCUCUCACCGAAGCCACACUGAGGCCCUUGGAGGGAGGCGAGCAGGGAUGGUGCUCCCCUCUGUACAGGUGAGGAAACCGAGUCCCAGGGGGAAGUGACCAGUUCUUGGCAGAGCCAGGACCCAGCCCCCACCUCCCUGUAGGUGCUGUUCUUCCUGCCCACUGCCUGCUUCCCUUUUCCUUGAGGGGCUCAAGGCGAGAGCCCUAAGCACUUACUCCACCUUUUUGCUUGUUUUCUCUCUCUGACCCUGCUCCUGGGUCUAAUAAUAACCUUCUCCAUUUGUA